AUGGAGGGUGGGGAGGAAGGAGGAUGGGGAGCAAUGGAGGGUGGGGAGGAAGGGAGGAUGAGAAGGAAGGGAAGAUGGGGAGCAAUGGAGGAGAAAGGGAGGGCUACCCCAAUCACCCGGGAGCAAUGGAGGAUGAGGAGGAUGAGGAGCAAUGGAGGGUGGGGAGGAAGGGAAGGUGGGGAGGAAGGGAGGAAGGGAGGGUGGGAGCAAGUGGAAGGUGGGGAGGAGGAGAGGAGGGUGAGGAGGGAGAGGGAGGGUGAAGGAAGGGGUGGGGAGGAGGGAGGGGAGGGUGAGGAGGGAGGAGGGUGA